GGGCGGUCGCGCGCUCUCGUGCACAACCGAAGUGCUGUCAGAGGCUGUGUUGUGCUGGAAAGAACUAAGCUAUAACUCGGUGCUGCACGCAACUGACUAUACUAUGUUAGCGAGAGAAAGGGGGCGAUGGAAAACUUCUGAUGUACCUCAAUUUUAUGAUUUCUAAAUAGAUGAUGGCGCCGUCGGGCUCUGGCGGUUUGAGACGGAGCUGUCAAAGAGUUUUGCGUUGGAUCCCGGUCAUUUUUAUCACCGUCAUCGUGGCUUGGUCCUACUACGCUUAUGCCUUUCAGCUCUGCAUAGAGUCCAUAGAAGACAUGGGAGAAAAAAUCACAACCCUUCUGGCGUAUCAUGUGAUCUUCAUCCUGUUCACAUGGGCCUAUUGGAAAACCAUCUUCACUGACCCCAUGACCCCUUUGAAAGAGUUUUACCUGUCCUACGCUGACAGAGAGCAGCUGGAGAGGGAGGGGCGAGGGGGAGCCCACCAGGAGGUCCUCAAGAGACUCGCCAAAGACCUGCCCAUCUACACCCGGACCAUGUCUGGAGGUAUUCGUUAUUGCCAUCGCUGUCAGCUGCUCAAACCCGACCGUUCCCAUCACUGCUCUGUGUGUGAUAAAUGUGUCUUAAAAAUGGACCACCACUGUCCUUGGGUGAACAACUGUGUCGGCUUCUCCAACUACAAGUUCUUCCUGCUCUUUCUGGCGUAUUCUCUGAUCUACUGCAUCUUCAUCACGGCCACGGACGUGCGGUACUUCAUCCGUUUCUGGACGGACGGGCUGCCUGACACCCAGGCCAAGUUCCACAUCAUGUUUCUGUUCUUCGCUGCCUCCAUGUUCUCCGUCAGUCUCUUCUCUCUGUUCGGGUACCACUGCUGGCUGGUGUGCAAGAACAGGUCCACGCUGGAAGCCUUCCGAGCCCCGGCCUUCCGUAACGGGCCCGACAAGAACGGCUUCAGUCUCGGGUUCGGCAAAAACGUCCGCCAGGUCUUCGGGGACGAGAAGAAGUACUGGCCGCUGCCCGUGUUCUCCAGUCUGGGAGACGGCUGCUCCUUCCCAACCUGUCUGGUGAACCAGGACCCCGAGCAACCGACUACAUCUUCCAGACACAACUCCACUGCCAAGAGCUCUGGAGAAACCCACCUCUUCCCCGCCCGGCCACUGCGCGAGUCCCAGACGCGUCUGCUCGGUGAGGGGGCGGGCCAGAAAGACCAGCAGGGUGCAAGUAAUCCUGCUGUCACCAUAGAAAUUGAAACAUAGGAGAAAAUACGUUUGGAUCAGGAAUGAAGGUUUAAUCCGCUUUGACAAGCAGCAAGAGAAUUCUGAUUCAGUCAGUGCUCUCCCAUGCUGUUCACCCACGAUACUGUGCAGAACAUGGCGCCGUCACCUGAUUGGCCGAUUCCCCGGUCUCACGAGUCACCGCUGAAUAUUAGGCGCGUGCUUCAGUGGAAGGAGCCGAAGGUGUAUAUCCACACAUUUCCCUACAAACCAAAACAAUCAGAAGUGAGGCCUUAGGUGUCAGGAGAGAUUAACAAUGGAAAGAACAACAGAGCUGGACUCUGUGGGAAGACUCAAUAUUUGAACACUGUGGAGUACAAGGCAACCUUCAAGAUGGAAGUCCUUUUUUUAGAACGCAUUGCAAGUUUCAUUGUGAAAGUGGGACUACAGGAGUACAAUGAUACUAUUUACAGAAAGAAUGUGCGAUUUCUACAUUUUAGAAUUUAAAACUUUUUUCUGCAUUUAAAAUGUACAGAUAUUAAAAAGGCUUUGUCUGGCAAAAGAAAGUUGAUGUUGGAUCCUGGAACAGACUGUUUGCUUUUUUACAUGGUACAUGGAACUAAAUAUCCUCACAGAGUAGGUCUCUGCUAAAUGACACUGUAAUUCUACAUUAACAUUUCUCUGAUUGUCACUGAAAUACAGUUAUAAUAUAUAAAAAUGUACUAGUAUUACUAGUAAAACACUAGUAUAUUCUACAUGGUAUUUACAUUUGAGUAUUUUACAGACUAAUAUAUAAAAAUUGCAAACACAAUGUUUAUCUAGAUUCAUUGGGCCCGCAUUCAAAAAGCAUCACUAAAGUGGUUACAUUUGAUGUUCAUAUUGAUUAUGCCUUUAGUUACAUACAAUCGGGUCAAACGUUUGUUUGUAGAUAACAAAUUAUCAACAUUCCAUGUGAAAUUACUGAAAAUGCAGAAAGACUCUGUCGCAUAUCGUUCCUAAACAGAAACACUGAAAAUUGAAUGAGUAUGGCACUUCGCUUUUAAACACUGCUCUGCAUUUCGGUGUCAGUGACUGACAGAAGAACAUAAAAACCUAAGAGAAGGAAUAAUCUAAUUUAAUGAUUUAAAAUGUGAAUCACCGGUAGAUGCCAGUAUCGACACAGCACCACAGGGAAGGAGUGUGCUGACAGUGAUUUACACACCCAGUGUUUUGUGAUUUACACACUGUGUUAUAAGGUAUGACGCAGUACAGACACAUUGAUUUUUAAAACUGUCAGGACAACUUGUCCCAGUUAAUGUGGACACAGUGUCAGCCCUGUCCGCGUAGUUGACCCCACAGAAGCUGCUGCACGACACAAUUCUCAAAAAAACACUGUCUAGAUUUAUUCAUUAAAAUGUGAUAUAUUUUCUGUAACACUUUUCGCUGUGAUGCAUAAGGAAGCAAACUGUUUGUGUCAGUAAAGCUGAUAGGACAAAAACUAUUGUUUAAAAUUACAAUUAAAUUAAGAGUCUCUGAGGCAUAUUUUAGUCCACAAGCCUUUGUAGCAAAAUUACUUGAAUUCAUCCCUGCGGAGUGACUUGACUAAUACGGUAUGGACACACUUGCAGUAUUGAGUAAGAGUAUUGAUUUGAAAGAUGUUCAGUCAACCAUACACAAUAUGUUGGUGCACACAUGGUCCCAAGCUUUUACUGUAAGGCUGGGCCCUCUUGCUUACUUGCUUAUUCAUGCACCUAUAUCCCAAAACUGAUAUCAGCUGGUGGUGGGUGAUGGCUCUGCUAGCAUAUUGGUUUAUAAUUUACUCUUCCAAGUAUUAUUUUCUAUUUUGAUUCAAUAUGUUAUUCUCCUGAAAGCCAUAUAAAUCCAUUGUCAAAAUGUGUGUGACAAGGGGAAUAAAGUUUAACAUUCAAAUGCA